CGUCUCUGUUUCUCUGUGGAUUGAAGCUUUGGAGAUGGCGAAAGGGAAGAAGGAGCUUCUUAAGUCGGCCCCAUGGAGGGUGGGAUCUGAAGAAGACGAAAAGUUCAAGGAUGCCUCUCUGAAGGUUACGAGAGAACCAGGUUCAACCCCAACUAUGCAUGUCCCUGCGAUGAAAUCCGUUGAAUCCAAAGCCAGUGAUCUCGAAGACGAUUCUCUAAUUGAAAUCGAUCCUGAGCUACGCUACAGUUUCCAGAGAAACUUCAAGUUUCUUCAGCAUGUUUUCAGCAUUGACACCAUUGUCAAACCUCUUCCUAUGUCAAUGCAAUAUAAUGUUUCUCGUAACUUGAGCUUCUUCACCCGUAUCUUUACACAAUUCUUUGAUCCUGAAGGAAUAGCAGAUGCACAAAAGUCUUUAGGAUUGGGACAGGAAGAAAGAGUCCGUAAAGUUCGUUGAAGAAGCUCCAUAAUAUCUGUAACUACUGUUUGAUUAUGAAUUAGUGUGCAUUAUAUUUUGCAAUUUUUGUUUAUUGGUGAUUUUUAGCGCUUGCUAAAUUUAACGACUGCAUUCCAUCUUCAUCUUCUAAAUCUUAUAUACAUUGUCUAUGUGGAUUAUACCUGGCUUCCCUCGGUUUGUGAAUAGGUUGCUCAGUUUCAUAACUUCAACAUGUGCUUAUUCUCUUCAUUCAUCCUGGGAAAUGAAAUGAUGCUAUCAAGAUUAAUGGCUGCAAUUGUUCACACGAAGGCUGCAAAUUCGCUAACAUAAUUUGGGUUUUGUACAAGUAAUGGGCUCGAAGUUUAGUGUUACGAAAGUUUUUAUUUUGACAAAAUUGUUAAGAAAGUUAACCGGUACUAAUUUAUUUGAUUAUGAUGAUGCUAAUACCAUUAUCCAUGGAUGACUUACCGGUUGUGCAUGGUGAGCAAUAAAGGAUUUGACAAUUAACAGUUGGAUCAUAGGCUGAAUAAUGGGAUUAUAGAUGUUUAGAUUUUUGUUCGAUUAGGGAUGCAUUUGGUUCAGUUCAGGCAUGGGUCUAAAAGUACAUAGUUAUUUGUAAAUGUGCUUGAGUUUAACCGUUUAGGAUUUCAGUUUUUUGUCUAAUUUAUGGAAAAUGAAGCAAAUGUGACCGGAUCCGGAACUG